GCAGGUGUGGUCUUUAUGGGCUCUUAUUUCCCGUGUGUCGACGUGAGAAGGCAGCGGUUGUAUCGCCAAGGAAGUAGCAAUCAAUCUGCGCGCAUUUGUUCCAGCGGCACAGCGUUUACAAACCGGACUUUGCCCUUCACCGAGGGGAAAGUCUACCGACUCGCCCUACAGUUGGUACCGGGGACCAUGACAUCAAUGAGCUGGCUUUCACCUUGUCCAAGGCAGCAGCGGAACACUACGGGCGGGACCCUGGAUCACUGCACCGUGGAUGCCGUUCUGUACCCUGCACGGCACUGCGUGUGGCUUAAGUGGCCAAGCAGAGGGUCAUUGCAUGACUUUUAUGAGGCGCCGCUAGCCAUUGCUUCAAACCGCCCUGAAUCGUGGAUCAAGCCUUGCAAGAUGGAAGUUCUCUUUAGGCCCAGCGCCUUUUGUUGGAUCAAGUCUUGUACGCCAUUCCCUCGUGUCUUUCAUAUAGUAAAUUGUUGGUAUUUCUUUUAUGACAGUGCGCAUUACCUGCCAACCACGUUUUACAGUCGAAACGCAGUGUACCGAGACUUCUUUUAUAUAGACCCCUUUCUUUGCAAACGCCACCAGGCGGUGCUCCAGUUUGUUUGACGUCUCAGCGAACUUCUGAUUCAAAACAAGAAUGAACAAAACCCACUUUGACACUGCUGCCUAAAAUGUCGAUAAAACGUGUAACCACCAAUUCUCCAGGUGAGCGCCAAAAGAAUGAAGAAACGGGAGAUAUGUUAAAAUGUUUCGAAUAUUUUGUACACCAACUUGCCUCCUCCAAGACAUUAAAUUGUACAGCCAAUUGCCCUCAUUAAAUCUC